UCAGAGAGAACAGAGAUCCAGGAUUUGGAGCUUGCUUUCUUUUCUUUAGAUAGCAAUUGCAAAAAGUUAGACAAAUGGGAAGAAUAAUUCCAUCAGUGACAGUGCUUUUACUGGUGUUUGUGACUUCUAAAGCUUUUGAAAUUGAGGUUACACCUGAAUACAACGUUGCUGCUCAGAUUGGAGAUAAACUUGAGCUGACCUGUAGUACAAUUGGCUGUGAAUCCCCAAGUUUCUCUUGGAGAACCCAGAUGGACAAUCCCCUCGGUGGGUCAGUGUACAAUAACGGGAGCAGCUCCACCUUGACUAUGGAUCCUGUUGGCUUUGGGAAUGACCAUGAGUAUCUCUGCAGUGCAUUUUGUGACAAUGUGAAAAAAGAAAAAAGCAUCAAGGUUGACGUUUACUCUUUUCCCAGUGCACCAGUCAUUGAGAUCAGCACACCCCUGAAUGUUGGGGAAAAAGCCAGUGCCACCUGUAUGGUUCCCAAAGUGUAUCCUUCUGAGCGUUUGAAGUUGCAGCUAGAGAAAGAUGGAUCUGUUCUUGACAUGAAAGAGUUUUAUGAGGAAGUAAGCACCAAAACCACAGAGACAAAAAGUCUGACAUUGACUUUUAUCCCCACCUUUGAAGACAUUGGGAAAGAGAUUACUUGUGUGGCUGAAUUAGAGAUUGAUGAAAUGGAAUUUGAACCCAAGAAAAGACAGACUUCACAGAGAUUGAGUGUAAACUUUGGUCCACAAAAUGCUAACAUCACUGUGUCUCCAAGCAACAUAACCACGCAGGGGGAAACGCUAAUGCUCACUUGCAGGACUACAAGUAAUCCACCAGCAAGGAUUGUUUGGGGAAAAGAGCUAGAGGAUUCAAGUGUGCAGCACAUUAUAGACAAUGACACCCUAAUCAUUCCACAUGCCCAGAUGAGUGAUUCUGGGCUGUUCAUCUGUGAAGCCAUGAAUGACGCAACGAAUAAAACAGAGAGAGCAACAGUGGUCAUUUCUGUACAAGGGGCACCAAGAAUUACAGAGUUCUCCAUACAACCCUCCACAACUGUUCAAGAAGGAGAUAAUGUUACCAUCCUGUGUUCUGUUGAAAGCAACCCUGCUGCCAGGAUUGUCUUAAGGAGAAAAUCAGACAGUGAAGACACUGUGCUUUAUAGUGAGGAUGGAGUUGUCCAUAUCUCAAGUGUGACGUUCCUAAAUGCAGGAAACUACGAAUGUGAAGCAGAGAAUGCACUGGGGGAAAGCAAAAUGGCAGCAGAACUUAGCGUCGAAUAUGGACCAAGAAAUACGACAAUCUCUGUCACCCCCUCCACCACAGUGAAAGAAGGGGAAGCUGUGAUAAUGACAUGUACUAGCUACGGUAAUCCAACUCCAAAGAUCUCCUGGACAAAGCAUUUGAUCAGUGGAGAGUUGCAGUUUCUUUCUGAAGAUGCAACUUUGACUAUAAAUAACAUAAAGGCUGAACACUUGGGGCUUUAUGAAUGUGAAGGAGUUAACCAGUUUGGAAGAGAGAAAAAAACUGUGAACUUAAUUGUUCAAGUUCCACCAAAAGACACAAUGCUUUCAGUUUUCCCUUCAGACACUGUAAAAGAAGGAGACAGUGUUACCUUCUCUUGCACAUCUGAAGGUAUUCCGGCUGUUCAGAUCAUCUUGAGGAAGAAAUCAGGAGGUGCGGACACAGUGCUUGUGUCCGAAAGUGGCAGAUAUACCAUAGAUGGGGCUCAGCUAGAGGAUGCAGGAAUGUAUGAAUGUGAAUCCAGCAACAAGUUGGGACAGCAAUUUAAAAACAGAAUGCUUGAUGUCAAAGUUCCUCCCCAGAAUACUACAGAGUUAAUAUCUCCAUCAGACAAUGUUGAUGAAGGGGAAAAUAUCACUAUUAUGAGUACAACCUAUAGUAAUUUACCUCCACAGACUGUCCCACAAAAGAUCCAUCCAAGCAACACAACCAUCCUCUCAUCACAGAAUGAAACCUCUACGCUCUGUAGAGUCAUCAAAACUGAUACAGACACAUACCUGGUUGCUUGCAAUGAGACUGGAAAUAACACUGAUGUGAUUGAGAUAGCUGUUGUAGAAAUAGUGAAAGAAACAGAUUUAAUGAUUCCUGUGAUUGUUGUGCUCUCUUGUUUAUCAACAAUGGCAAUCCCUGCACUUGCAAUAUUGGUUUACAUGUCAAGGAAAGCAAAGAUAAAUGGAUCCUACAGUCCUGUAAACACACCGAAACCAAAUGUUUAAGCGAGUGACUAACCUUCUUCAUUCCAUGACAUAAUAUGACAUGCAAGUGACUUUUUGUAACACUGUCAUGUGAAAAACAUGAAAAAAUGGUCUGUAUUGUGAUAAAUACAACACCCUUUACAUUAGAGGGGAAAAUAAGACACUACCUUAGAAAUAGAUGAAUCGCUUCCCUAUUGAAGCAUGCUCAACAAGAAGAGUUCUUUGAAGUGCGAAGUUUGUAGAUAGUAUCCCAUUUCCUGUACAUAUGUAUUAUAAACAUAUUCAAGUGAACACCAGUUUGGAAAUUUCAAUAUGCUAUUGCAGCUGUAUAUAGAAAUGUUGUUUCCUGAGAUAUAAAUCAACACUAUUUUAACUGAUUAGACUAUUUUGGCAUUAUUUAAUAGUGAGUGUUUUAAAUAUAGUUUGUGUAAAUGUUUGUUGGUGGUACUUUCCUACUGCAUGUAAUGUGUUCCAGGUCCUCCUCUUAGUUAUACCAACAUAACUCCAUUGGCUCCACUAAAACUGCAUAGUAUAAAUAAGAAGAGAAUUCAGCUUUUUGUUUCUAAUUAAUUGUCACAAAUGUAAAUCCUUUAGAGUCAAUUAAAAACUUUUAAACAUUUGUUUAAUAAAUGUGCCAAAACUUUUGAUACGCAUGUAACAGUUAUAAAUGUAAUUCAGCAAGUAUCUAUUUGGGCUUAAGGUACAAUCAACUGUAGCAUGUGUGAUAUACAUGUAGCAAUGGUAUGGUAUUUAUUUGGGGUCUUGUCACUUUAAAGUAUAUAGCAAGAUUUCCAUUGACUUCACUGUGGGCAGGCCCAUAAUUUAGAAGUUAACUCUAAAUAGACAUGCUUUAUAAACUUUCACACUAAAGUAAAUCCACCUUGGGGUAUUGCUGUUAAUCAUAAAUGGUAAUAAGGCUCCAAUACACAUAUUCAACUCUUAUUGAAUAGACACAGAAUUUAUUAGACGCAUCGUAAAAAAAAAAUUGACCUAACAUAUUUAGAUGAAAUUUCUAAAUAUUUCACUGUCUCCUGUUCUUAGUGCAGUAUUUUUGUUCAUAGAAAUGUUUAUUGAGUUGAAAUUCCCAACCAAUGCCUGGGUAAUAGUGAGAUGCAACAUGUAUGUUUGCUAUAUUCCCACUUGUUAAUCCUUAUUUCUUUGAACAGCAAAGUGGUCAAAAUGCUGAAACUAGGUGGUGUAUUUAUUCAUUUUGUUUUCUAUCUUGUAUGGUGUGUGGCAAUAAUGAGAUCCAGGACACAGACUGGCCUGUAUGAGGGAAAACUCAGGGAGUUAAUGUGUACAUUCUACAAAUGGCACCAACACAAAAGCAGCAGCUGCUGUGGACUUAGUAAGUGUUACGGGUUAGUUGUCACAAAGCAGUCCUGGGUACUAGAAAUUUCUGUCAGGAGAAGAAAAGAAGAGAUGCCAGUCUGUUAAUCUAUGUAAAAGGCACCUAACAUGCUGCUUCUGCCAAUCCUGAAGAGAAAAUGAUCUUCCCUAGUUAAGGAAGCAUGUGAUAAAGCAGGACUCAGGGCCUGGAGCACAACUCCAAAGGAGUAAAAAGUCUGCCAGGGUCAUCUCUUCUUAACAAUACUUUGGGCCUGGCUGGGCCUCUCAGAGUUGAAAUUGCUCCCUAGAACUUCACACAGGUUCUCUCCCUUCUGCUUGGAAAGGGGGACCACAGUCUCUGUGGCAUCAUUGUGAUGCUGGCAGGCCAGGUGCCAAGGCUUUAGGUCUCAGCCAAGCCCUGAAAAAUUAAUUGCUGGGAACCUGUCUCUCUGUUAGUAUGAUUAAGAGGGUAUUGAACUUAUAACAACGUGUUUAGACCUUCCUUAUGAAAUGCUUGUAAGUUGCUGCAUGCCUUAACAUCACAGAUAAUUUCUUUAUCAUGUUAUACCAUAACAUUUUUUUUGCUUUGUAACUAUACAAACUGUGAACCCAGGCAGGAGGGAUCAUCUACUGCCCCUCAAGAAGGCCUAUCAAAAAUAAGUGCAUGACAGUGGAACAUCACAAUACAAAGACAGUGUUAAUUAUCCCCUUGCACCCAUAAAGAGGCUAUGUGCAAAAGGGCUUGUCCCAUAAGCUUGAAUUCUGGAAGAAGGAAAUAAAAACAGCUGACAAGAAAUUUUUUCCAUCUCUUUUGCUGUUUGACUCUUACAGGGCCAGAGCUACGAAACAGAAUCUGAGAUCCGCAGGGUCAACCUGGGUUAGCCCUAAAAGACAUUUAGAGCUGACAGAUCACUACAACAUUAUCACUUUGUAA